AGGGGGUAUAGCGAUCGGCGGGACAACCCAGUGUCGAUCGAUCCUUACUGCCCACACUUCUGCCCCUCACAAGCGCACUUGAUUGGACGAUUUUCCGACACCCGUAUGAUGGCAUAAGACGCUUCAGACUGCCAGCAUUCCUCAACAACCAGAUCUCAUUUGGACCUAGAAGCUGAACAGAUCUGCAACGCAUACCUAGAUAAAGACAUACCGAUAGAGUUUUGAAGACGCUACAACAAUCCUAUAUCAUCAUGAUGUCAUCCUAAAUAUCUAUUUACCUUCUCACUUGUACAUUCAUCUGGUCAACAAAGGUGUGAAUGCACCCCUGUGGGGGCCGCAGGCCUCAAGUGCUCCAUGAUGACCAGAAGAAUCUGUCCAGUUCCAUUCUUGGUUUUACUGGUCUUACAAGGAGCUAUAUUGGUCUGUGGGAAAGCAAACUUCAGACAAAUCGAAAAGAAAAUUUUAGACAGUAUUAUCGGACCUGGAAGAUAUGACAGUAGGAUACGUCCUCACGGUAUCAACAAUACAGAUGGUCCUGCCUUGGUAAGAGUCAAUAUUUACAUCAGAAGUAUUAGUGAGAUUGAUGAUGUCAGAAUGGAAUACAGUGUACAACUUACAUUUCGUGAACAGUGGCGGGACGAGAGAUUGCAGUUUGAUGAUAUGGGGGGUCAAGUACGGUACUUGACCCUCACAGAUCCAGACCGAAUCUGGAAACCGGAUUUGUUCUUCUCAAAUGAGAAAGAAGGCCACUUUCACAAUAUUAUUAUGCCCAACGUCCUCUUACGUAUAUACCCAAAUGGAGAUGUCUUGUACAGUAUUCGAAUAUCAUUAGUUCUCUCCUGCCCCAUGGACCUAAAGUUUUACCCCUUGGACAAACAAACAUGUUCAAUUGUUAUGGCUAGCUACGGUUACACAACCGAAGAUUUAGUUUUUCUUUGGAAAGAAGGCGAUCCUGUUCAAGUGACAAAGAAUCUUCAUCUUCCACGUUUUACUUUGGAAAGAUUCUUCACCGAUUAUUGCACUAGUCGAACAAAUACCGGAGAAUACAGUUGUUUGAAAGUGGACUUGCUCUUCAAACGGGAGUUCAGCUACUAUCUAAUUCAAAUUUACAUACCAUGUUGUAUGUUAGUCAUCGUUUCCUGGGUGUCCUUCUGGCUGGACCAGAAUGCUGUUCCCGCACGUGUCUCUCUUGGAGUGACCACAUUGCUGACCAUGGCGACUCAAACGUCAGGUAUUAAUGCAUCUCUACCACCCGUCUCCUACACCAAAGCCAUUGAUGUGUGGACUGGAGUAUGCCUCACUUUUGUAUUUGGCGCUCUAUUAGAGUUUGCGCUUGUCAAUUAUGCCUCGCGCAGUGAUGCUCAUAAAAAGAGUGCCAAAGAACAACAGAAAAAGCAGUGGGAAUUAGAACACGCAGCUCUGGAAGCCGACCAUCUGGAGGAUGGAGCGACAACAUUCGCUAUGAAGCCCUUGGUGCACCAUCACGGUGAUCUGCACGCCGAGAAGAUGCGCCAGUGCGAAGUACACAUGAAAAGCCCCAAGGUGAAUCUAUGCCGCCGGUGGAUGAACAGGUUUCCAUCACGUUCAAAGCGCAUUGAUGUCAUUUCGCGAAUUUUCUUUCCUCUCAUGUUUGCACUCUUCAAUCUGGUCUACUGGACCACCUACCUUUUCAGAGAGGAUAAAGAAGAAUAAAAAGAAAACAAAUCAAACAAAAUGGAAUUCAUAGUCACUAAACCUUGAAUUCACGUGAAAAACCCAUUCUCUCCAAACCCUUUAUUAAUCAUCUGUUACUCAUCAAUUACAAAUACAUUCAUAAUCGCUUGCAUGUAUAUACUUAUGUAUCAGUAUUCUAUGAUUUCAUCGAAAUUUUACAAACCCGAUAAAUACUUUUACGAAACAAGUUUAUUUCAUGAUUAUUUUCGAAAGUAAUAAUAAAAGGUAAUUUAUAACGAAAGAAUCCAUUACCCAGUAUUUUCAUACGUAAAUUUUACAGUAAUAUACAGUGGGUUUUUCACGAGAAAAAUCAAGUAACUAACAUUCCUAUAUAAAAGGAAAAGAGACAAAACUGAAUGCUUGACAAUUAUAAACCUAUUUAACAGAAGGAUCUGAAAAGACUAUAAUACGAAGAUUGUACUUCAGAAUUGCUCAGAAAGGGUAUUUGUAAUGGAUAUAACAAUUGGUUCUCAGAAAGUCAUUAGGAUAGGUUGAUAAUCAUUCAUAAAACAGUUUAAAGUUUGUGAACGGAACCUAUAGUGCGCAGUUUUGAACUAAUCCCCUUCAAAUAUGGUGUUCCAUUUUUAAAGCCAAAUUUACAAUCAUGCUUCCAAACAAUAACAAAAAAAUGUAUGGAACACAUUGCUUUUAUGUACAUAACUGCUUUAUAAAUUUCUAUUUAUAAAUAUAGUGUAUCUCAAAAGGACACUACGGUUUUAAAAUAAAAUAUCACUAAAAGAUGAAAGAUGUAUUAGUUAAAUUAAUAAUGAAGAUGAUAAUUAACCUUUAAAAUCCUUCAUACCUCGACACUAGUAUCUCUUUUAAUAAGGUUUCUAUUGCAUUUUCAUCAGUCUUAAAAGAACUCCGGUGCAUCACCGUCAGAGUUUCAAAGGAUAAUUAUCCUUCACACCUUCACCUAUUUGAAAGCAGUACCACUUAAUCAAACGCUGGCAAUAUACGUUGUAGCAUUACCGAUUCUUAAAUGAUAACGUUGUUCUCCUCAAGCUGGAAAAAAGUCACUAAUCAUUAAAUUAAAGUAGGAAACUUUUCUCAUUUUAAGCAAUGAUAUGAGGAAAACAAAUAUCAACAUUUAAAGUCAAGACUCUUGCUCAGAAAUAUUGAAUGAGUACGUGUUUGUUUCAUAAAUCAGCUUUCUAAAGUCAUAUAGUAUUGUCUAAAUUUUUAAAAAAUUAUACUGGAUAUUCAAUGCAUAUUUCCUAACAUUUCUCAAUGCAACUAUAGCGUACAUUGCCAUCUAUCGGUUACAUUUAAUACUAAUAUUAUGAAUAUGAUGUGUCAGACUUUAGUGACACAUUUUAUACUUACUUGAGUCUAAUAUUUUUCAUCUCAUCGUUAUAGGCCAUAGAAGAAACGAGCCAGAAGCAAGAAGAGCAUUCAAAUCGACUUUCCAUACAUUUGGGUCUGCAUGCGCACACCACCUCUGCGCAUGCAAAUACAAACGUAUAGGAAUUUGCCUCCUGUAUGUCUCUUGCUUCCUGCUCGCUCCUUCAGCGAGCGUUCAACCUUAGAGUUAUUUUCUUUUAAAACUUGGGUGUCACUUCCGUAACACACAGUGAUUUAAGAUCCAGACAAUUUGAUCUAAUUUCUCAAAGACAGGCAAUUUUUUUUUGUUUUUCUGUCUUUAUAUGUCUCGUUAUUUAAAACUGCAUACAAAAGUGUCCGUUCACGACAUAAAAACUGUGCCACAAGACUGAAAAUUACAUU